AUGGGGGAUAAAAACAAUGCCUAUUUUCAUGCAUAUUUUAAGUCUAGGGGUAAUAACAAGAGUGUUCAAUUCUUACAGUGGGAUGAUGGCAGUAUACUUACUAACCACAAGGAUAUUGAAACUGAAUUCCUAAGUCUGUAUAGAAACCUGAUGGGCACAGCUACUCAAAGAACCACUCAUAUUGAUAUAUAUGCUAUGAAAAGAGGUAAGCAUUUGGAUAAGAAUCAAUGCAAUUUCCUGGUCAGUAAAGUCACUACAGGGGAGAUCAAGGAGGCUCUUAGUGGUAUUGGAGAUUUGAGAUCACCAUGGAUUAAUGGAUAUGGCUCAAAGGUUUUCAAAGUUUGCUGGAAUAUUGUCAACAGGGAUGUCACUGUAGCCAUUGGGGAAUUUUUCUCACAGGGUAGAAUUUUUAGAAAUUUUACUAGAACUAGUGUGCCCCUGAUCCCAAAGACAAAUGAAGCCAAACAUGCUAGAGAUUAG